AUGGACCUUGACUCAGAAAGUAAUGAGCGGGGCAGCUUGCUCGAUGCUGUCAAGCAUUUGGAAGCAGUUGCUUUUGUCCCGUCCAAGCAAAGAUAUGCGGAUGCUGGGGAGUUGGCUAAACAGAUUGCGUCAAACGGGUAUGAGGGUGGCAUUUCAUCUGAUGCACUGGGCCGGCUGUUGAAGAUCCUGACAACAAAAAACAAUCUGGACCAAGGUACCACUACCACUCUCAUCAAGAACCUGUACCCACAAGCCAGUGUCGUACCCAAGCAUGUCACACGAGUCAUCUCCUCUCUGGGUCCAAGCAAGUCCAAACCCAGCCCGGCGACGCAGUCUCUGCUUGUCCGCUGGCUGAUCCUCACAUACGAUUUUCUCGAGGACAAAACUCACCUUGGAAAGCUUUAUGCCGUCUUAUUCAACCAUCUUGACAUGAUUAGUCUGCGCAAGCCGCUCUGCCAUCUUCUCUCGCUGAUUACAAGAAGAAAACAUGUAAAGCCAUUCCGCAUCCAGGCGCUGAUGGAGCUGAUUCAGAAUGCGGGUGGAGAAGACAAAGAGCUGGUGACUCUACUCAAGAUCUUCAAAAAUUACUAUCCUGAAAUUAUUAUUGGGGAUGUAGGUGGAUCCAGAAGGGCUGCUCUGUUCUUCAAGCACCCCGAUCUCGAAUGGGCGAAUCAUGCAAAGGUGCUGCAGAAUGCAAAUUUGGAAAAGGCCGAAGCUGCGCAAGGCUCAAGCUAUCAAGUUGUUCACCGGGGUGCAGUGAAAAGAAGCAGAAUCGAAGUCGCUAUCCCUGUUUUGCAAACAUCGCGUGUGUCAAAUAAACACACUUCCCUAGAGGAACUACGCGGUAUCGAACAUUUUGUUGACAAGAUAGAAAUGAUCGAAUUGCCCAACCAGAUCAUUUCAACGCUUGGUGAUGGCAUGGCUCAAAAAUAUCUCCAUCUAAUUCAGUCUGAAGCUGCAAAUCAUCGGCUUGAUGAGUGGUUGAAAGCCUUUCUACAAGAUAGGCUAGAGAAUAUUCAAGAGCGGAACGAGGAUGAUGAACCAGAUCUCAUAUCUUAUGUGCUGGGCUUUGUUGAAGGAUAUGCUGCAUACACCAAGCAACUCCUACCUUCGAUCCAGUCGUUUCUGGAGUCGUACCUUGAGUCUUGGAAUGGGCGAGAUAAUCGCGAACAAGUGCUGCGACUACUUCGAUACCUCCCAAUUGAAGCAUACCACUCGCUCCGCACCAAAAUACUAUGGCCGCUGGAGGCUUCUGUGUUGGACGACUCUUGCGCCUCCAGGACGGAUUUGCUUGAGUUUUACUCGGCAUUGAUCAAUGAAUGGGGUGUCAAGCUCCGAACUCAGCAGUCUAUCUCAGAGGUAUCAGUUCCUUUGGCAGAAUUGAUAGGACAUGCCGAGCUUUUAGCAUCAGCGAUACAAGAAAUUCAUUCCGUUUCAGAUGAUGGCCAGAUAGCUUCCAGACCAGCCAUCUUGUCCAUCCUUCAGUUCUACCAGUGCCUUGCAGACCUUUUCUCCCAUGCAUCCGAGAAUGCUGGCAUCCGACUGACAGUCCCCCCUGCCCCGUCAAUAUACACAAUCACCUUUACACCCAUCGUCUCCGUCAUUUCAAUCCUCAGCUCCAUCCUGGCGGCAUACAAAUCAUCAUUUGAAAACUCCCUCACCUCCAAAAUCAUCAAAUCAGCCAAUCCUUCGGACCCGCUCUACGAUCCUAAAGUCGUGGGCCAGUUCAACGGCUAUGUUAUGGACGCAUGCAACUUAAUAUGGCGAAAUCGUGCGCUCAACUCAGAGGACCCCAAUGCCCGCGCCUGUCUUGUACCUGCGCCCAGCAUAUCGGUCUUCACAAACUAUAUCCGCGAUGUUAACGAGACUGCUAAGCACUACGACCAUAAAAGCGCUUUCCAAUGCACAUUGCCCUCGAUAUUCUCUCUCAGUCAUCAUGCCGCGCUCUGUAAUCUCUCUGCGGCUUGCUUUGCAGAUCUGGAAGAUGAUCAGCAAAUUGCGGAGGAUCGGCCUAAGUUGCGAAAACCGGUUGCCCCGAAGGCAUUGCAGGCCCUUGAAAAGGAGGGAGGAGCAAAGAUAACUUGGCAGGAGUACCGGGUGCAUAUGCUGGAUUGGCUAGAUGCAGUUGGUAGUACGGGCACGGGCGAGCUAAUGAGAAGUACUAUGAAAGCUCUGCGGAAGGAAUGA